UCCAUAUAAAUUGGCUGCGAGGGUUGGAGCAAGCUUUGUUUCGUAUCCUCUCGUCUUUGGCAUUUCCAUUUGCCUUUGGGUUGCCUGUUUAUUUACGGUUAUACCUAUCAGGUUAUGAUAGCUACCAGUGGCCGGAAACUCGAGAGCCGUCGCUCCUCUCCCGCUCUCGGUUUCCCUCGCUUUAGGUUUUUUCGUUACCGGCGCUUGAGGUAAUCGUUGACUCACUCGCCACUCAACCUAUAAAGACAGGGAGGAAAAGUCUUUUUUUUUUUUUUCGUUUGAAUUAUUAUAUAUUACACUCGAUCAUUUCAAUUCGAUGCCAAAUUCGAAAAAUAACCGCAAGGAACCAGAGAAGAACCGAAGGGGAAGGUUAUCUGAAAAGGCGUCAUCGUUUCAUGGGAGAAUCCCGACGAUGGCACCGACGGAGCUGAGGCGGCCGAAGACGCUGCCAGACUUACUUUCAGAAAGGACUGUUUCUAUCUCACCCGAUGCGAGGCCAAAGUUGACGAAGCUGCUAUUGAACGUGACGAUUCAAGGGAGCCUCGGAGCCGUGCAAUUGGUGAUGUCACCGGAAAACACUGUCGGCGACUUAAUAAUCUCCGCCGUUCAGCAGUACUCAAAGGAAGGUCGACGACCGAUCUUGCCGCCAACGGACGCCUCGCUUUUCGACCUCCAUUACUCUCAAUUCAGCUUAGAAAGAUUGGAAAGGGCAGAGAAGCUGAUGGCGUUGGGAUCGAGAAAUUUCUUCUUGUGUACCAAAAAGGCUGCUUCAAAGGACGGUGAGAAAGAAACGACAUCGUGCUCAAAAGAAGCGGAAAAGGUUUGAAGAAGAAAGAGAAGAUGAUAAAGGCUAAAGCAGUGGUUGUCUGAGACUCUCAAAUUGAUGGUGUCAACUUGUCCUUUGAUAUUUUCUUUGUAGUUGAGGAGGCUUUGCUUUGGCGGUUAUUCAAAGUAACUUAAAACAAAAUUCAGGUUCCAACUUCUAAGUUUCAACUAGCUUGUUUACUGAGUUUAGAAUAUUCUUUCUUCGUAGUGACGACAUGGGCAAAGCUAAUUUAUUGUAACAAAUGGGUUUAUGUUAAAAUUUGUAAAUUUAUUUAUUUAUUCCCUACAAACAAUUUUGAAUCUUGACCAUGGGAGAACAUUGCUUUGAUCAAUGUAAUACUUGUCUAUUCUGAAAUUGUUGUCUGGCAACUUGGUAGCUGUUACUGUAAAUUGGAUUUGCAAUUAUCAUUAGGCAAAAGGAGAUGUCACAUGUAGCCGUUCGUGUCCCAAAGGCCCAAUCCCACCUGUCACAUGUAGCUGUUCUGUUAAUCAACCUUGAUGCCUUGAAAGUUUUGGGGUCUUUGCUUAGAAGGAAUUCAAAUUCUGCUAUUUGAUAUAAAAAUCAUGAAUUAAUCAUUUAAGUUCGGAUUC